UCCAGAAAAUGGAUCAUCUUAUAUUUUUUUUGUUAAUUACUACUAUGUAUUUUGGGGUAAAUGAAGCUUGCAAAAAAAACCAUGUAGUAAUUCAUAACGAACUCGCUCCUGGUAUUGAUCUCAACAUUGCAUGCCGAAAAGACAGCAUCGUGCACCCACCUACAAGAUUUCACACUCUUAAGUACAAGGAUCCUUUUUAUAUCAUUGAAUUCGAGGAUAACAAUCAGGUACCUCAUGAUGAAAAAUGGUAUUGUAUGCUAAGUCAUGGGACUAGACCAAAAUAUUGGUAUGAUAUUGAAGUGUAUCGUCAAGGCUAUUCUGCUAGAUGUGGUCAACUACGGUCGUGGAUUGCCAGAAAGGAUGGGAUUUGGUUUACAAGAAAAUAUCACAGCCCGCCAGGACAUGUUCUUAACUGGAAAAUCCAGUAAUGUUCUUUGAUUUUAUUUUCCUAUAAUUAACGAAUGUUUAUAUAUAAAUAAUA